AUGUCUUCGGACUCAGGACCCAAAACCGCGCCAGCCGCAAGGCCAAACGCCUUCCACACGAUUGGCGGUGGCCGCUGCGGUGCGGUCUUUCACAUCGAGGGCAGCUCGAAGAUCGUCAUGGUUGCUAAGGAUACGGAUUCGCUCGCUAUCCGACGGGAAUUCAGUACGCAGAUGGCGACACACCAACUUCUUAAACACUAUCAGGUCGGCAACGUCGAGAUACCUCAUCCCGCCGCAUACUUCCCUACAGGGUGCAUGGAGCAUGCUCAAUUCCAUGCAAUAUGGCCUCAGCUCGCCAACGCCAUCAAACGCGAGGGCCUGCCGUCCAAUGCGCAGUUCCUCCUCGCCGAACGCAUCUUGCCCCUCAGAGAGCCGAUUCGCGAGGCCCUCAUCCGGAGAUUUUGCCCCGAGAAAUUCCGGGCGAGCACACGCACCUCUCCUCUCAACAAAGACUGCCUCGUCCCCGCCUACCUGGGAAGCGCCACCCGCCGCGAUGAAGACCGCGAAUCGUUCUCGUUGCGCGACUUUCCGCUCCAUCUUAACAAGCUCGGUGAGGCUGGCAUGGGCGUCGAGAACAUUGCUAGGGGCAUGCGCCGCGCCAUGGCGGUGAUGCAUUGGGCGGUUCGGUACGACGGCGGUGGCGUCAAGUUUGUCUUCGGCAGCAAGAAAGUGCCUCAUAAACUGCCCGACAUCGAUAAGUACGACUCAGAUCCCGAAGUCGACAGCUAUAUUGGACCCAACGUACCCUUUAAGGCAGUCGAAGACCUCAACGCCCAUGAGACGCGGCUCUUCCUGAUCGAUUUCGACCAGGCGAAGCCAAUUAGCAUGGACGAGGAUGGUGUUCGGCAGGCGGUUGCGGCAAUCAAGGAGAACGGGCUGUACUUUCCCAAGGCGUGCCGAAAGACCAAACGCGAGUGCGAUACAUGGAAGGCAUUCGAGGGGAGUUACGUGGUGAAGUCUUGGGAGAUCAUCAACAAAGAGAGGCUUGGAAUCAACGUACAGCGGCUUCCGCUCCUAGUCAUGCGCGGACUGAUUGACUGGGCGGAGUGCGAGGCGGCGGCGCGAGGCGAAGCUUAG